AUGGAUCACCUCUCUCCCCAGUCUUCCAACACGCGGGAUGGUUCUCCCACCACGUUCCCAGACUCGUCUCGCCGCACCUCUCACACUGGUAACCAAGUGGAUGUGGGAAUGUGGCGGUAUCAGAGGCCAGGGUUCGAGGCCUUACUCCUGGCAGAGCUUCAGAGGCAGCAGAGGUGCAGACAGUUCUGUGACACGGUGCUCCGAGCACAGGGGGUGUCAGUACCGGCCCACAGUUGCAUCCUAUCCGCCCUAAGCCCCCAGCUGUCAUGUGCCCUGUCCACCUUACCGGCACCUCCCUCUGGGCAGAGCCACCUACUGGAUUUCCAGGCUUUUGGGGCCUGCAACCUGGUGAGGCUGGUGGGUCUGAUGUACUCUAGGGAGAUGGUGGGAGAGGGGGAGGCAGAGAGGCAGGAGGUGAUCUCUGCUGCUACCAGGCUAGGGAUCCAAGGACUGGUGGAGGUUGGAAAGAGGGAUGACAAGAAAGAAAGGGAGGUGGAAGAUGUGGUACAGCAGUCAAGGAGUAUAGCGGGUCCAAGCUUGGCGGAGGAGAAGAGACGGAUGGAAUGGGUAUCACAAAGGGACGUGGGGGUGCAAACGGACGCCCUGCAGAGCAACAUGGGGGAUGGGGCUACCAGAAGGAGGAGGACUUGGACCAGGGGGGAGGGAGAGGCAGAAGGGUUUGAGCGCUUCGAGGGAAACAUCGCUGGAUUCAUCAGUUACUUCCUGGAUCCCGCCCAACCACAGGAGGAGAACCUGAGAGGGAGGCGGGGCCGGAGGAGGCGGACGGGAGGAUCCAAGAGGGGAGGAACUGAGAGGAGAGCCAGGAGCCCGAGAGGAGGUGGUGGUGGAGUGAGAGGAACAGUGAAGAAGAAGGGGUCUGAGGUUGAGCAGGCAGUGAUGGAGGUGUCCCAGAGAACAAGACUGUGGAGUUGGGGGGUCCGAGCCUGCAGGAUGGGGAGGGGUGGGGGCAUGGUCGGCAGUAAACUCUACCUGAAGCCCAGGGAGCUGAUGCAGCCAAUCAAGAUCCGUCUGAAGAGGCGAGGGCAGAGCAAGGACUGGGAGAUCACUGGUGUGGAAGAGGAGAGCGGUGGAGCCUCGCGGCGGGGCAGAAAGAGAGGGAGGGGCCAACAGAAUGUAGGGCAGCAGCUUGUCCCGGCUCUGACCUACGAAACAUCAUCACCAUCCAACCCCCCAACUCCGUCCUCAUCUCCCCGCCCCUCCCCUGCCCGUUACCUGGACCCUGCCCCAGCCCUCCUCCACACUGCCCCCCUCCCCCCUUUGGCCCCCCCUCCCCAGGAGGACUCUGCCGAGCAGUUUGACCCCCUGCUGGAGGACAUCAUGAUGGGCCUAGACUUCGCCUGUGGUGGUCGCCAGGACGCCGGCAGGGGUGUUGCCGUAGCAGCUCCUAGCGCCAUGGACACUGUUACUGAGAUGACCGGUGCGGGUGACCGUUCUGGAAGUGCCAAGUCUUCCUCAGAAGUGGGGCCGCAGCAGAAGCAUGCGGAGGGCGAGCUGAGGGACAUCCUGGAUCACUUCCUCAGGUCGUUUGAGCAGCAGGUGGCAGCAUCCAACCCAGUGGCAGAGGGACAGGGAGAGGGGGCUCGGAGCACAGCCAGCCUCUCGGAGCCUUACACUGCCCUCAGGAACUAUAGUGGAGCCCAGAUGGUGACCAGCACAGCUGAACACAGAACUCCGAGCACUCAAGUCAGAGAAGAGCAGAGCUACACUCACACAGCCCAUACACACACCUCUAACACUGGGCAGAGUAACACACACCUGGCCCAGGUAGAGCAGUGUAGCACAGUCACACACCCCGCACACACACACCUCCCUCUCAAUCACACAUCACCUCUUCUACACUCAACUCCUACUAACAGUGUCCAACCCACCUCAGCUCUACCUCCUACCAGUUUGCCACCCAGCCCAGGGGAAGAGGGGAGGGUGAUGACCAGAAGACAGUUGCGAGGCGAGAUCAACAUCCAACCUAUAGUCAAUCAGGUCGCUGAUGCGUUGCCAGGUGUGUGUGCACAAACAAACAAGAUUCCAUGCCAGCCUGCAGUGUGUGUUGUCAGAAUGGAGAAGACUGUGUUACCAGGGGCGGAGUCUCUCACAGGGAAAUGCCCACCCCCAGUCAACCGCCCAAUCAGGUCGGCUGAGAAGAUCAAAUCUCAGACCAAGGCCCGGUCAGCAGCAGAGUCUGACACUACCCAGAAAUCCCCACCCCUACCCAAUCCCCCAAUCAGCCCAUUCAGAACCCCUGAGAAGCUCAGAGGUCAGAGUGCCCAGCCAAUCAGACAGAGCGAGGAGGGUGUGAGGGGAGUGUCCGGGGCAGUGGCUAUUGUGAAGAGAGGGAGAGGCAGACCACCCAGAAAGAGGAGAAAAGUCAUUGGUGUGUGUGCAAAGGUUACAUCUGCUCCAGUUCCACCUGAACAGAACCACCUCAAUGCAGAACAGACCAGCCUCCCUGCAGAACAGCCCAGCCGAGAGGGAGAACAGACCAGCCGAGAGGGAGAACAGACCAGCCGAGAGGGGGAACAGACCAGCCUCCCUGCAGAACAGCCCAGCCGAGAAGGAGAACAGACCAACCUCCCUGCAGAACAGCCCAGCCGAGAGGGAGAACAGCCCAGCCGAGAGGGAGAACAGCCCAGCCGAGAGGGAGAACAGCCCAGCCGAGAGGGAGAACAGACCAGCCGAGAGGGGGAACAGACCAGCCUCCCUGCAGAACAGCCCAGCCGAGAAGGAGAACAGACCAACCUCCCUGCAGAACAGACCAGCCUCCCUGCAGAACAGUCCAGCCUCCCUGCAGAACAGCCCAGCCGAGAGGGGAACAGACCAGCCUCCCUGCAGAACAGACCAGCCGAGAGGGAGAACAGCCCAGCCUCCCUGCAGAACAGGCCAGCCAAGAGGGACUACAGCCCAGCCUCUCUGCAGAACAGACCAGCCGAGAGGGGGAACAGACAAAGAGAGACAGAAGAAGAGGAGGAGGGAAGAAGCCUCAACUUGGGAAAGGAUCAGAGCCAGCAAGGAGCAGAGUGGAGGAGGAGAGAGAGACAAAGAGGGCAUGUCCAGAAGCAGAACUAGUCCUGCCAGCCCAGAUGCUCUCAGAAGCUCACCCUCCCAUCUCAGUUCCAGAAGCCCCAGCCUGUGGAGAGCAGGUACACCCCAGAAGAUCAGGGAGGUCCUGCAGACACAGUGCAGAGUGAAGGAUGGAGAGGGGGAACGAGAGGGAGAAAGAGAGGAAACGGGAUGGGCCAAGUUCAAACCACGAAAGACCGAUCAGAAAGAAGAGAGGGAGACACGGCUGGACGAAAUAGAUGUGGAAGACAUCAGAGCGAUAGAAGAGGAUUCUGAUGGAAGUAUUGAUGUAGUUGGAGAUGGAGAAGAAUGGAUGACAGACAGAGCAGAAAAACAGACAGAACUCCACAACCCACCUAUCCAAAUCAGAGAAUGGAAGGUCCCAGUUCAGAUGCAUUCUGGGAUAGUAAAGCCUCCAGUCUCCCAUCCUUCACAUUCCAUCCGAGAGGUGGACAUCGAUGGGUCAACAGGAAGCUGGGAGGAGGAGGAAGUGGACGUGUUGGGGGGCUUUAGCCCCUCCCCUGUCCAUCCUGUCAUGCUACCUGGCUCCUGGGGGGGCUUAGUUCUGAGGAAGAAGAGAUCAAUGUCAUUGGAGAGUUGGACCACGCCCCUUUUAUUGGAUAUCUGUCAUCUCUGCUCUGACUGAAGUGACCAACACCUUCCACAGGAAACGUCUGCCUCCCCCUGCUAGGCGACUGGGGUAUGGACAAACUGCUGUGUGUGGACCAUCUCACAGUACAGAAUCAAUGAGGGCUGCCACAUAGACAGCCGUGGCAUAACGACAAGGAAUGUACAGAUUUCUGCUUAAUGGAGAAGCAUGAAUGUGUAUGUAAGAGGGGGUUUGGAAACGUUGGGUGGUUGAGUUCCUCCAAAUUACCAAUUGUUAAACAAAAGAGGACAAAUGGAUGUUUAAAAAAUCAGGAAGUAUUUGUUAUGUUGUUGUACCUUUUUUCUACCUCACCCUGUCUUUAGAGCUUUGUGCUUGAGUUCUAGUUUUCAGCACUUAGAUCGUCAAUUAUGAAUGUGUUUUACACUCGGAGUCAGUUGUGCUCUGUUUAAGUCUACAUCUCACUGCCCAGACCUUUACGACAUCAUUGUGUUAAAGUUUUCAAUGACGUGUGUAGAAAAACACCAGCUUUAUUUGCUUCUUGUGGAGAGGAGUUUGGGUUCAUUCAUAUAGCAAAUGUUUCAUUGUGAGUUGCCAACAAAUCAGGUUUUACACUGCUGUUAGUUCAGUUUCACAGGAAUUGAGGACUUUCAUUGGUUGAGUGUCAAUCAUCACAGGUCUACAUCUUCCGAUUCUGCUUCGGAUUGUUCUAGAAUGGAAUCACAUCAUGGUUCUUGUCGUCAUGUUGUUUGUCAUUAUUACCGUUUUCCCCAGACUUUUGACUGUUUUCAGUUUUAUAACCAGAUUAAAGAUGUUCUUAACA